ACCAGCAUAGGUCCUCUUUUUCAAUAUGAUUUAUAUAAAAUAUUAACACCCAUGUGGUAAAACAGAUGCUUUCUAACCAACAUGAUUUUAAAUAAUUAAUUGAAGUUGUCAUCGAAUAAAGUUAACUCUUUUGUUCUUUAUGUGGAAUUUAAUUGGUACCUUGAUUGACUACACCAUUGCAGCCCAUUUUAGAGUACGCGCUUGCUACCUUUCAGCACUCUUGUUUCCUUAUCUGCCAUUGAAAGGUCAUAAUUGGAAUAGAACAGAUAUGGCUUAUCCUAGUAUUGCUUCUCUUAUGAGAACAAUAAAAUCACUCUUGACGUCCAAUUCGCCUGUGCAAUCUAUUAUUUGUAACCACAGAGAAGAAAUCCUCGCUCUUCACGAAAAAGUUAGUUCCCUGGAAGUAUUUCUCAAGAAUUUUGAGAAAAGCAAUGCAUCCAGGAAAAUGACAGAUUUGGAAGCACAGAUAAAAGAAGUUGUAAAUGUCGUUGAACACACGAUCCAACUGAGAAUAACAGAAAUGGUAGUGGCAAAUGAUGAAAUACAGGAAGAAAAGGCACAUAAGAGGUUUUGUUAUAGCCUGCAACAAGUAGCACAGCACAUUGAUCGCGUCCUGAAUGAGUCAUCAAAAGAUAUGGUGGGUCGUGCUGAUCAAAGGAAAAGGUUGCUCGACGAUCUAACAAGAGGCUUCAACGAUGAACCCAAAGUCAUCCCAAUUGUCGGGAUGGGGGGCAUUGGUAAAACUACUUUAGCGAAAGAUGUUUUCGAUGAUGUAACCAUUCGAUCACAUUUUGAUGUCCGUGCAUGGGCUACUAUAUCCAAAGAACAUAAUGUCAAAGAUAUCUUGGUAAGCCUUCUGCGUUCUACGAAAGAAAAGGAUGGCAUAAUUCACAUAGAAGAUGAGACAGAGCUACCACUCAUGCUACAAAAAAGUUUAAAGGGAAAGAGGUACUUAAUUGUCUUGGAUGACAUAUGGAAGAAUGAAGCAUGGGAUGACGUAAGACUAUGCUUUCCAAGUGAAAACAAAGGGAGUCGAAUAUUAUUGACUACCCGUAACAUUGAAGUAGCUUGCUCUGCUGGUACAGAAAAUCUUUCUUUGCGGUUGGAUUUCAUGAAUCCGGAUGAGAGUUGGAACCUUUUUAAAAGUAUUAUACCUGCAAAUGAAGCAUUACCAUCUGAGUUCGAGACUGUUGGAAAGCAAAUUGUAGAGAAAUGUCAAGGGUUACCACUAACAACUGUCGUAGUUGCUGGGCUUUUAUCCAAAUGUAAAAGGACAAUAGAAGUUUGGAAAAAUGUUGCUAAAGAUGUCAAGUCAUUUGUCAAAAAUGAUCGUGAUAAACAAUGUCAACAUGUGCUUGGGUUGAGUUACAAUCACUUGACUAGUGACCUAAAACCAUGUCUCCUGUAUUUUGGAAUUUUUCCAGAAGACAGUGAGAUUUCCGUGAAGAGAUUGGUGAGGUUAUGGACAGCUGAGGGGUUUUUGAAGUCGGAGGAAGAGGCUGAGAAGUGUUUACAAGAGCUUAUUGACAGAUGUCUAGUUCUCGUCAGCAGGAAAAGUCGGUAUGAAACAAAAAUUAGAUCAUGUAAAGUUCAUGAUUUGAUAUAUGAGUUGUGCUUGAGAGAAGCUGAAAAAAGAACAUUUUUUGUCAUUAAUGACAUUGUAUUCAAUGAUGAGCCAAAUCAUGUUCCUUAUCAUCAUCUUAAUAGGCAUAAAAUGCGGCGCUUUAUGGGAUGGACUGAUGAUAUUUUGCGCCGUGGUUCUUACAGGGCUCUUCUUACCCCUAGACAUAGGAGGAAGACAGAUGAUGACGACAACAAUUCCUUAAAAAGGACUCGUUCAAUUUUCUCUUUUUGUCGAGAUUCUUCAACUUUUACUCUUAAAUCAGAACUUACUCAUUUCAAUUUAAUUAGAAUCCUGGACUUGAGUUGCAUAAAGAUUAAUAUUUUCCCUCCACAGAUACUAUGCCUCAUUUGGUUGAGGUACCUAGUGUUGCAUAGCCGCAGGGGUGUUUUUAACAUACCUCCAGAAAUUUCCAGGUUAUGGAAUCUGCAAACAUUCAUUGUUGGUGGAUAUCAUUUGACAUCUACAAUUUUGCCAGAACAAAUCUGGGGAUUAAUGCAAUUAAGGCAUCUCGAACUGAGUUCAUUUCAUUUGCCAAAUCCUCCAAUUGUAUCUGUUGAAGAAGAGAAGUGCUUAGAUUUCUCAAAUCUACACACUAUUUCUGGCUUGUCUCUGAGUUGUUGCACAAAGGAGGUUAUUUCAGGGAUUCGGAAUGUUAGAAAGUUAAGAAUCAAUAGAGGAGAUGAGUAUGAAAGUUUUCAAGCAUGUAGACUUUUCGACAACUUUGUCCAUCUACAUCAACUUGAAACAUUGAGUCUUGAACUUGAGUUUCGAGGGGUGUUAGAUGAGAUUUCACCAGCGACCAUUCCAAGUAUAAAAUCUUUUCCACCAAUGCUUAAGAAGUUAAAGUUGUAUGGAACUGAUCUGAGGUGGGAGGACUUGAAUAUCAUAGGCGAGCUUCCUAAUCUUGAGAUACUGAAGCUCAAAAGGUAUGCUUGUCGUGGCGAAGAAUGGCAUCCAACUGAAAAGGGAUUUACUCAGUUGAAGCUUUUGCUAAUUGAGUAUAACGAUCUCAAGUACUGGAAUUCCCCAAAUGACAAUUUUCCUGUCCUUGAGCGCCUCGUGAUUAGAGAUUGCUCUGAGUUGGAAGAUAUACCCAUAGAUUUUGCAUAUAUUGACUCACUGCAACAAAUUGAGUUAACUGACUGUACACCCGAACUCGAGGCUUCUGCUGCACGAAUUCAACACGAACAAGAAGAGAACCUCGGAAAGAAGCCAGUGGAUGUGCUUAUCAGUUCAGGAGCACAUUCAGCAGCAAAAGCGGAGGAGGAAGAGGACGGGGAAGAGGAAGAGGAAGACGAGCUUUGACUACAGAACCAUGCCUGUCUGUUGGAGCGAAUUGGAUGAUCGGGCCGAGAGCUGCCCCCUCUUCCUCUCACUCUCCGUUCCCUAAUAUGAACCUUGAGUCAUCAAAGAAGAAGAAGAAGUAGAGGACUGGGCUAUAGUGUGAGGGACCUGAAGCUGAAGCUGAAUUUAUGUGCUUGUCAUGGCAGAGAAUGACAUCCAACUGAAGGAGUAACAGGUAUUAGAAGGAGGGGCCUUGGUGUAACUGGUAAAGUUGUUGCUAUGUGACCAGAAGGUCACGAGUUCGAGCCGUGGAAACAACCUCUUGCAGAAAUGCAAGGUGAACCUGCGUACAAUAGACUGUUGUGGUCCGACCCUUCCCCGGACCCCGCGCAUGGUGGGAGCUUAGUACACUGGACUACCCUUCAGGGGCGAAGCCACAUGGUUACAAUGGUGGUCAACUGACCACCCUUCGUCGAAAAAUUACACUGUGUAUAUAGGUAAAAUAUUACGUUUUAGAGGUAUAUAACACAUAUUGAACACCCUCGGUCGGGAAUUGUUUUUCACUUCUUUCAAAUUUGAAUACCCUUGGGAAAAUUCCUAGUUUCGCCACUGCUGCCCUUUAAUAUCAGGUAUUAAUUAGAAAGCCACAAAUGAGAGAUUGCCUUGAUUGGAAGAGAUCCCUAUUGAGUUUGCAUAUAUUGACUUGUUACAGCUAAUUG